CUCCGUUCAAAGGGUUAGGGUGCAUUAAAAAUGAGUGACAGAUUUUAGCAUCCUGUUCAACCCCUCCUCUCCGGGUGGUUGUUAACCAAAAUAAUUAGAAAUAUUUUUCAAUGUUUAGAUAUUGUAUCUUUAUUUUAGCAACACUCCCCUACAAAGGUAUCAACCCUCUUCAGAUAAAAGUUUGUAAUAGAGGUGGUCAGUUUUCAUUUAAAUACAGGGCAUCUUUCUAAUGUAGGACUGGUAGCUACCCUGGCAUUGAUCUUCCAGAGCUGCAGUUGGCUGUUCUUGGCAGGAAGUUGCCAGAGAGGUCUCUCUGAGGACAUGAAUGCAGUUUCUGAAUGCCUUUAUUUUUGAGGAGAUCUGCAAUGCAGACAAAUGGCUGCAUGCAGUCUGCCCGGUCCUCUGAGGUGAAGGAGAUAAACUCUGGUCUUGUGGAGUAAAACUGCCAACGAGCUUCCUCAUGCAGCAGAGGUCUCCAAACUGGGAUACCAGCGGAUGCUUCUGAGGAGGGGAGGUUGAGAGUGAGAUUGACAUGAUCCCUGAGAGCGAAUGGAAAUCAGUAUUUGCACACCUAUGUAAUCCAUGAAGAGGAGAAUUGUGUCCAGACAAAUGGGCUUGGAGAGCAGAUGAGGUUGCAGCAAAAUGUUUUCAGGUGCAAGUUUCAGCGUGAGCAAGCUGCGAUUGUGUGCACAAUGAUGUCUGGCCCUUUAAAUAACGAUUUCCGAACCUUCAGUAAAAUUAAAAGUUGCUUCAACUGUUGAACGGCAUCUGUAAUUACUCAGAUUAGUGUGCUUGAAGGUGCCGCCGGAAAUAAAUUGAGCACGGCACUGCCGCUGGUAUAAUCUGGGGAACGUGAAAACCAUUUAAACAGGCCAUGAUGCACAGAGCAUUUCCCAUCAAAUUGUGCUAUGACUGUCAAUCACUUGUGUUAAGACGGCGAAAAAAAACUAUUCAAAAUUGUUUAAUGCCACGUUAACGCGAUUUUCAACUGCACAAUAACGCCUUUUUUGGCGCCGUCCAGGCUGUUGACUUUUAUAAGCCUCUGUGUAAAUGCACCCAACUGCUCCACGUUCACUCCGAACAGUUCUCGCUGCAGGGACAGCGAGCGACCAGGCGCGGACACUCCACGAUCCCAGGUAUUUCAGGCCGCAUUUCAAAACGUCGUAACAUCUUACAUAACGAGUGUCUAAUUUCAGCGCAAUGACGAAAGAAUACUGAACAUCGAAGUUAUUGACCUACUUUCCAAAGAAGAAAAAAAAAACCCCGCACUUAAUCGUGUAGCCAGCGUCAAUGUGCUGUCAGCUCGGAGUGAACCAAGAGCAGGGUGCAGCCCUUGCCUGCCAACACUCCGAUCGACGCGCCGCCCGGGUUUCUCAAUGAGCUCCCGCAGCCAUCGCCUGCCAGUGAACUAGCUGCUCUCCGCCGUGAGUCGCAUAAUGUUGGUGCGAGGGCCGGUCCGCUCGACCUUCCGAGCGCGGCACUUAUCCCGCAAUCGCCGCCGCAGCAACCUCACCCCCCUGCCGCAGAUUUCUCUUGGCUCCGCUCCUUGGACCCGCGCCUGUCUCCUCCCACAGGAGCCAGAAAAAAGGUCACAGAUGUUUGGAAAAAUAUUUAGGUCAGUGGAUCAUUUCCUCCUCUUCCAGUUAUAGAGGUUUCCUUUCACCGACAGGACACAAGUAAAUUACAAUCCGAUUGAUGCGGAAUACUAAAGGGGGAAGUCUCCUGACCUAUUUACUGUUUAUUUGUCCUUUUUGUUAAGAGUCAGUUUUCCUCGAUCACUUGACAAGAAGAGUGACAGAACUGCAUUGAUUAUAUAAUCAGUUUUCUUUUAAAAGCGCUACUGCAGUUUAGUAGUGUCUGUAUUGAUUGGGAAGUCUGCAGAUCUCACAGUUUUCGUUGCCCAGGUUUAGUUCUGAGAUGCGUUUACAGCAUGAGAUUCAACGAGAAGAAACCGGGUAGGAGAGCGGGUUUGUUGCUGAGCCAGGGCAGCCCGAAGGUGCCCGGUGACCGAGUCCCGAUCGCUUCACCGGACAGCAGCAGCGAGCGGACCCGGUGGAGACACACGGCGGGUGUCAGCAACGGCAGGAGGGACCAUUUUGUAGAAGAGCUAAUGGAUGAAGAUGACAAAGACAAGGCAAAGAGGGCUUCACGUAACAAAUCUGAGAAAAAGAGACGUGAUCAGUUCAAUGUCCUUAUUAAAGAACUCAGUGUCAUGCUUCCAGGCAGUAUCCGUAAGCUGGAUAAGUCUACAGUGCUCCAGAAAACAAUAAACUUUUUACAAAAACACAAUGAGACUUCAGCACAGAGAGAAACCAGUAUCAUCCAGCAUAACUGGAAGCCUUCAUUUCUGAGCAAUGAGGAAUUCACACAACUGAUGUUAGAGGCAUUGGAUGGGUUCUUCAUAGCUCUAACAACAGAUGGAAAUAUAAUUUAUGUUUCUGAUAGUAUCACACCUCUACUUGGGCAUUUACCUUCUGAUAUUAUCGAUCAGAAUUUACUAAACUUCCUCCCAGAGCAGGAGCACAGAGAAAUAUAUAAAUUGCUAUCCUCUCAUACUUUGACAACAGAUACUACUUUGCCAGACUACUUAAACUCUGAGAACGACUUUGAAUUUUCUUGCCAUCUGCUACGGGGAACAUUAGACCCAAAGGAAGCUCCUACAUAUGAAUACCUAAGAUUUGUGGGAAACUUUCAGUCUUAUGACAAUGUGCCUAGCUCCUCGUGUAAUGGUUUUGAUGGUGCUGUCCAAAGGACAUUUCAAACAACGGCAGCUAAACAAAUGUGUUUUGUAGCAACUGUCCGUUUAGCAACACCUCAGUUCAUAAAGGAGAUGUGCAUCAUUGAAGAAACUUCAGAAGAAUUUUCUUCUCGGCAUAGUUUAGAGUGGAAAUUUUUAUUUCUGGACCACAGAGCUGCUCCAAUCAUAGGUUAUUUGCCAUUUGAAGUCCUGGGUACUUCAGGUUAUGAUUAUUACCAUGCAGAUGAUCUGGAGCAGUUGGCAAGAUGCCAUGAACAAUUGAUGCAAUUUGGCAAAGGAAAGUCUUGCUGCUAUCGAUUCUUAACAAAAGGGCAACAGUGGAUCUGGCUCCAAACUCAUUACUACAUUACCUAUCACCAGUGGAACUCCAAACCAGAGUUCAUUGUGUGCAAACACACAUUAGUGAGCUAUGCUGAGGUUCGAGCACAGCGCCGACAAGAUAUCAGUAUAGACGAUACCACUGCAGAGGCUGAUGCUUCUUCGUCACUUAAGGGACCUGACUCAAGACUUGACACACAGCAACAUCUUAAAGCAUUUGAAGUGCUCACUGGCAGCCCAUCACCUUCUUCUUCAUCUCAGACCUCACGCAAAUCAUCUCAUACCUCGAUGUCGGAAUCUGCAUCAACCCAGAGCAAGGUGCUGUCAGAGCCUACUGCAAUGGCCUUGCAGACAACACCAUCGGUGCAACAUGAUACAGGAGUACUGCUACAUCCAGCUGUUACAGAGCAGUCAUUGUUGUCCCAAGCUAAAGUAGAAUUGCAGCCUUCGUCAAUGACACAGUUCUUAGCACAGUUUGAUGUGAUUCAGUCUCUCAAAGACCAAUUAGAGCAACGGACGCGAAUUCUCCAAGCAAACAUAACGUGGCAGCAAGAAGAACUCCAAAAAAUCCAAGAACAAUUGUGCAUGGUGGAUAGCUCAAGCUUACAGUUAUUACUGCAACAACCAGCCUCGAUCAGUUCAUUGCGGCACCAAGAGUCGAAACAGCAAAAGCAGCAACAAAUGGAUGUGAUGAUGCAAGAGCAGGGUCCUCACAGCAAACAGAUACAGGAUAUUAAAAGAACGCAUGGUGGACAGAUUGUGCAGCCUUCCCUAUCCAACCAGUUGUCUGGGAGCCUGGCGUUACACCUCAGCAGCCCCAUGAUGAUAUCUCAGGCUCCCACAAUGACAGUCCAGAGAGAAGGCACUAUUGGUCAUUCAAAUCCCAACUUUACUCGAGAUGGGCACUUAAGAAUGCUACUUAGUCAACCUAUUCAACCAAUGAUGCCUAUUACACGCCAUACAAGACAACCCAUAGAGUUCGUUACAACUGAACAGCAAGCUAAAUACUCACAAGGACAAGAACUCUCUCAAAAUUUGGUAGAACAGCCAGUGAGAAAUAAUGUGCCGAUGGUUUCUAAUACAGUGCUUAUGGGUCAAAUAAUAACAGCUCCAGGAUUUUCUAUAUCACAUCCAUCUCUCUCUCAGCAAACUAUGCAACUUCAACAGCAGCAACAACAACAACACUACUUACAGACACAAACAUCUGGUUCGCUGCAAAGUGAUCACUCAGAACUACUCCUACUCCCUUCUUAUUGUCAGCAACAGGAUAUUAUGGGAUACCAUUCACAACCUCAGCAAAGACCACAUGUUCAGCGACUUUCUGAAUCAUCGAAUGUGUAACAUACUUACCAAAAAAAUUAUACUUCAAAACCCCGAAUAAAAGCAAUGCCCAUUCUUUUGGUUUAACAAACCUACAGCUAAUUUGCUGUUUGUCUUUAUGGUUAAGUACACUAAGUGUUUAAAUUUAAAUUUCAGAACACAUCAUGAGAUUCAAUAAAAUUUCUAUUUCUAGAAAAUGGAAAUAGAAUGACAUAUCUGAAAGAUUCAUUCAGUUUGGAAUUAUGGGCCACAAUGGUUGUUUUCACUCUCAGUUUUAGGGUUCAUUCGUUGAGUUCACUUCUCAGCUCAUUAGCAUGAUUGAAUCAAUAGUUCAGUGGUUACAUUUUUCUCCAUAAUGGCGUUACUUUUAUAACUGCAGUUGGAAAUGACUUUGCUUCUCGGCAACACAUUUCAGAAAUCCUUGGGCUCUUCACUUGAUUUUUCAACCGUGGACCAUGUGUGCCAGGACUUCCACUGUACAAUCUUAGAUGAAUUUCACAAUCAAAACUAUAACAGUUUUCCACAAAUAUACACAGAUAGAGGUACUUAGCCAGAGAUUUCUAUACGCCCUUUCUAAAUUUUGUUGAUGUAUUGCAACUUGAGAAUCAAGUGAUAGGAGAAAGAUACACCCUUUGCACAAACUUGGCUUUUAUGUUUGUCAUGUAACCCUGUUUGUGUUAUGAAUUGAACAUAUCUUUUAAUAUUUCCUGUGGUAAAGUGUAAUAUUAGCUGAUUUAAGGACACUUACUUUGGCCAAAUCUUUCCAGCCCUGUGGGAUGUGUUCAUUUUAAUUUUAAUGUAACAAUUAUGAAUUGAAAAAGAAUUCUACAACACAGAACAUUUAAAAUGGUUUACUUUGUGCUGUAUAACUUUCAGAAACAUGCACUUUUUCUGAUUUGUAUGUUUUGUUAAAGCUGUAUUUGUUACAUAAAAUUCUCUAAGUAAAAUGUGGAAAAGAAUUGUCUACAUACAGAUAAUGUAAUAUAUGAGUUAUUUCUGUAUAAAUCAUUCUUUGGAACAAAAGUGGAUUUUAGUCUAAUUUUGUAUAAAAUGCAUAAAAUCAUUUCAUUUUUGUUGGUGAUCAUUUUGUAAUAAAUAGUAAUCAUUGAUAAGA